CCCCCCUUCUGAGGUUUGCUUUCCUCUCAACUAUCUACACAUCUUUCCCGGAUAAGCCUUCAACUCCACACAGUCGCCAAUUUUGCUGGUUUUCCAAACAACUAUAAACCUUCUCUUUCAACAUCGUUACUUUUCCAAUCAUUGCUUGAACAUAUUUAUGGUCUGAAUAGAAAUUCAAUGCCAUCAGCUUCUCAUUCUACGCCAUCCAACUCCACGAAAAUGAUUCUUGUUCACCACUUCUCGUCUGCCACCAUGCCGCUAGUCUAAAUUCCUCGGGUUUCAAGUUUCAACCAUUUUCUACGACUUCAAAUUGAGAAACUCAGAGCGAGAAGGCUAUGUCUGCGAUAGCUGCUUGUUCACAUAUAAUCUGCAGAGAGAAUUACCAGCAUCAGAGGUUGAUCAGUAGCGGAGGAACUAAUUUGUUCUCGUUGAAGAGUUCAGCUUGGACUGGUUGGAUUGAACGCAGAAAGAGAGAAACAGAAGGGAAGAGGAUAGGAAAGAGGAAUGUGCGGGUAAAAGCGCUUUGGCCGGAUUUGUCAAGACCUGCUGUACUUGAGAUGGAAUCCAUCACAGAUGCUGAUCAUCUCGACCGAAUUCUUCAAAGCGCUCAGCAAAAUUCACAGCCCAUUCUGAUCGAUUGGAUGGCUGCUUGGUGCAGGAAAUGCAUAUAUUUGAAGCCCAAGUUGGAAAAGCUGGCCGCCGAGUAUCACAACAAGCUAAAAUUUUAUUGCGUGGAUGUGAAUAAAGUGCCCCAAUCGCUAGUCAAGCGUGGCAACAUCUCUAAAAUGCCAACAAUUCAGCUAUGGAAAGACGGAGAGAUGAAAGCGGAAGUUAUUGGUGGGCACAAGGCCUGGAUGGUGAUUGAAGAAGUGAGAGAAAUGAUCCAAAAGUUCAUAUAAAGAUAUAUACAUCAUUCGCACUCCUCUUCAUCUACUCCCAAAGAAAACAGUAUUCCUGUAAUGCCCACGAUUGCUUUUCUAUAUGUCAAUGUCAUGAAGCUGUGUAUAUCCAUGAUAAGCCUUGCAAUAGCACGAAAAUUUGAAGGGCGAAAGACAGUUCCUAUGGACAAUUGGGAUCGGUGAAUUUUCACUGAUUUAUUAUAUUAUAAA